AUGUCCUCUCUUCGUUUUUAAUCUCGUCUGACCCUUUACUGCUCCUGUUCCAGCAGCCGAGAGCGGAAUGUAGGCCAUGCUCCUCUGGCCGUUAUUUUGCGUCUGUUACGUCUGACGUCAGCGCGUCUGCUGGCCGAAUGUUUACAUCCAGCAGUGCUUCUGUUCCUCUGACUGGAUCUUCACAACAACAAACGGCUGAACACAAGGAAACCCGCUAAGACAGAGCAUAUCAGUCGGCAUUUUCACAAGUCAACAUGGGGGGAGCUGUAAGUGCUGGUGAGGACAAUGACGACUUGAUUGACAACCUGAAGGAGGCGUACUACAUCCGCUCAGACCUGGUGGAGCGGGCUUUCCGAGCUAUCGACCGGGCUGACUACUACCUGGAUGAAUAUCGGGACAAUGCUUACAAGGACUUGGCAUGGCGGCAUGGAAACAUCCACCUAUCUGCUCCGUGUAUCUACUCUGAGGUGAUGGAGGCUUUGGAUCUCCACCCGUGCCUCUCCUUCCUCAACCUCGGCAGUGGGACUGGCUACCUCAGCACCAUGGUCGGCCUCAUAUUGGGACCAUUCGGAGUGAAUCAUGGAAUAGAGUUACAUGCAGAUGUGAUUGAGUACGCCUAUCAGAAGCUGGACUCCUUCAUCAAAACCAGCGACAGCUUCGACAAAUUUGAAUUCUGUGAGCCAUCCUUUGUCGUGGGUAACUGCCUGGAGAUUCCUCUAGAGAGCCGCCAGUAUGACCGGGUGUAUUGCGGGGCCGGGGUGCAGAAGGAGCAUGAGGAUUACAUGAAGAGUCUGCUCAAGGUGGGGGGCAUCCUGGUGAUGCCUCUCGAGGAAAAGUUGACCAAGAUCACGCGCACAGGGCUGAACAGCUGGGAGACCAAAAAGAUCAUUUCUGUGUCCUUCGCUCCUCUGGUGCUGCCCAAACACAUCACGAAUGGCAAACCCAAGACUGUCCCACUACCCAAGUAUGAGGUCCGGACGUUACAGGAGCUGGCCCGUAUCUGCAUCCGCCACACCCUCCGAGUGACCACCGACGGAGGAGACAGCCAAUCGCGCGGCCGCGGCUCCUCGUUCAGCGUAGGCAGGGGUCUAGCGGUGGCCGGCCUCCAUAAAUACGGCCCUCGCUUCAAGCGCAGACGCGUCCACCGUCGCCACUGCAACGCCCUGGUCCUGGCCACGCGUCAGGUGGUGGCCAGCAGUGGGUUCGGCCCCGCUCCCCUGGACAGCAACAACAACCAGGGAGGAAGAGCGGAGGAUGAGGAGGAGGAUGCGGCGGCAGAGAGGGAGACGAGGCGGCAGAUGAGAGGGAGCAGGAGGGCGGGGAGAGGAGCAGGAGGGUCGGCGGUGGUGGAGGAGGAUGAGACGGUGGAGGAAGAAGACGAAGAGGAAGAGCAUGAGGAGGAAGAGGAGAAGGAGACCGGGGAGCUGCUCCGACCCCAGCCGGCCGUCAACGUCCUCAGAGAGAGGAUACUGGGCCUGCCGCUGCCUGAGCCACUGAAGAUGUACCUGCUGUACUACAGAGAGAAAUGAGCCACGGCUGCGUUCUGAGUCACAGCUUGGAGCUGAGUGCGAUGACUCAGCAGAGGCUGAAGUCUCUGUUACAACCCCGCCACCACCUGUACAAGGCAGGACUAGGGCUGGGUACCGAAUUCAAUACUUUUUAGCCACGGACCGAAUUGCCUCUGUAGUAUCGAAAAAAUGCCUCGUCAUUCAAUACCAAAUUUCAAUACCUAAGGAAUAAAUCUCAUCAACAUCAGUGAGCCAAUAAACAUGCGGGAUUCUUCCACUAAGAUCUAAUAAUGCUGCUGAUUGGCUGUUUCACGUUACACGUCGUAGAGACAUGCAGGAAAAACUCUACGUUACGCACAGAGACGGGGCUCACGUAGUAGGAGCUGAAAAAGAAAUAAAACGAUUUGAGCUGUUAUGUUGCAAUUUAUUUUUGUUAAAAUGGAUUUUUAUAAAAUUGGAAUCAAAAAAGUUUUGCUCGGGAACCGGUAUCGAAGUCACGGUAUUGGUAUUGGUACCGAUAUCGAAGAUUUUUGAACGAUACCCAGCCCUAGGCAGGACAACAUGCUACCUACCUUACUGGGGGGAGGGGGGGAGGGGGACCUUUUUCUCUCGUCUUCUCCAUCAUCCAUUCUCUUUCCAACUCCCUCUUUUUGCCUGGCUCCCACUGUUCUUUACUGACUCAUUUCCUGACACUAUAAAAGAGUCAGUUCAAUUCAUCCAGUGGAGGUGGAGGGGGAAUUAGGGGUUCAGUGUUUCAGACAACCAAACAGUCACUGAUGUAAGCUCUGUGUCUCCAUUGAGGUGCAAAAAAAUAUAGAUUUAAGUACGUAAAGCAUACACAGAUUAUCAAUUCGCUCUGCAUCUCUGUAUAUCCAACAUGCCAAUCAAGCCUUGCCUAACAACAGCUUAACGGAGGCCUGAGCAUCUACAGCGGGUAAAAGGCGAUUUAGCGGUGCUGAGAAAAGAGAACCGUCAUUGUUUAGGCUACAGGACAGAGUUCAGACACUGUAGCAACAGGCAGAGAGGGGAGCUUACCCAGAGACCAGAAGACAUAGGACUGUCCUAGCUCUUUUCUGUCCACCACUUGCAGCUGUACUCCGAGUUAGAAAUUACACAUUGAUUGUAUGAGUCGUGUGGAACUCGUUUUGUCCGCAAAUGGUGGAUCUAAUGGGGAUGGUCUACUUCUAGAAAGGAAGCCAGAGUGGGCCCAAAGGUCAACUUUGUGAGGGAAGACAAUGCAUUCAAAGAAAGAUUUCUUUCUUUCACUAUAUCUUAUUCAAUUAUAUUGAGGCUAGAGCUAGUGACCCUGAUGGUGUGAUGGUUGCCAUUUAUUUCCACUGAUUUUCAACUAAAAGGGGGAACUUUGUCUUGAACCCUCAGUCCAUUAAAUAAUUUAACUUUUCCAAGGCCAAGGGUUAAUUGUAUGAUUUAAAGUCCAACUUUGUUUAACUGUCCUAAAUCCUUACAUGUGUAUCCAAAGGGCAGUCUCAGUGUUUUCUCUACAUCCCAUCAGAUUCUAACAAAAAGAGAAUGACCAUAAAAGUUCACAUACUUACUAUUAUUCCAAUUUACAUAAAUAAACCAGCAUGAUUAAACACAUAACUAAUGUUUUAGAUGAGUGACAGUGCGCAGGUGUUUCUUUCACUGUCAUUGGUUGUUUUUGUUUUGGGUGUGUGCGGGUUCUUUUAAAUUUUGAGACUUGAAGUGGUGUGUACAUAUGCAAUUGUAUGUUUUGUGAAUCAUAAACAUGAAGAUACUUUGAAAAGUAAAAGGAGUAUCUUCCAUCACAUCUUCUGUUGUAGUUUCUAGUUAGAUGGAGCAUUAUUCCUUUGUACCAAACAUUCUGCUCCCCUCUGUGCCAAACUUCCGUUGCAUGGGCUAAAUUCUCGAGAGGAAACGCCAGAUCAUCUGCAAGUCAUUCAUCCGAAGAAAUUAUUUUUUUUUUUCCUUUCAAGAACUGCUCCACUAACACCGAAAGGACACUUGUGGUUAUGUAUGUAUUAUUUAUCAUGAAGAGCUUUGGAGUUCUCACAAAAGUUAGCAUUUGCUACAUACAUUUUGGAUGUGAUCACAAUAAUUCGAGGAAUUGAAUAUGUGCAGCUUAUAUUUGUAAUAUAUCCUACACUGAAUGGGAGUUUUGUGUCCAACAAGCAGGUCCUUAUCAGGCCAGGUGAAUAUGCGUUUUAUUUUUUCUUCACGAGUGUUUUACCUAUCGCUAUUGUGCUGUGAUUGGCUAGUACAUUGCCUCAAAGCGUCCUUGUGAUUGGAUGCUAUGUGAAAUUUAUGAGUGGCAACGUGCUUUGUUUGGCUCAUUUUAGCUAAGUUAGCCUAAUACAUACAUACAUGUAGUUAGCUAACUAGCUUCCGUGUUUUCGUGCUACACUGGUUAAACGAAAUAAGCCAAACAACGUUGUCACUCAUCUGGCAGUAGCAAAGUGCUUUCCUACACUGUGACAAGAAAUUAAAACAUUUAAGUUAUAUUUUACUAAUUUAAAUCCAAGUUAGCUAGCUAGCUCGCUGAUUCCACUGUGCAUUAACAACAAUGCAUUAGCCCACUACUCAGUUUCUGUAACCAGUAUAGACUUAAAGUAUGGUGGAAUUAGCAAGCUAACUAGCUAGCAAGCCGCUAAAUUAGUAAAAUAAUCAACUUAAUGCUAUUGUGCGCAACUAUUCUAUAUUAAUGAACAACCGUUCCAUUCAAGCCAUUGCCAAAUGAGCUAAUACAAACGCUCAGUAUGGCUUUGUUUACAAAAGGCUGCCGUCUGGCGAAUCUCGAGCGAAGCGUUUUUAUGCCAACGCUGAGAAAGGACCUCGGCAACUUUCUUUGGAUACGAAGUGGGAAUACAAAUUACAAGAUGAUUAACUCUUCUAAAGAGUCCAUCAUGCUUUUUAAUCUUCUGUGUCCUUGAUUUGACGGGACAAACUCUACUAGCCACUGCUUGGAGGCGGGGUGGGGGUGGUGUGCGAUCACAGAAGGCUUGUAUCAUGUGGACACCGACAGUGUUGUUGCCAUUACUUAGAUUUCCUCAUGGGGGAGACAGAAACGACGCACUAUAGCUUUAAUGCUUCAUCCACCAACUUUGUGAAGGCAUAGGAAAGCAUAGAUCAUGGAUGUAUUAUAUUAACAGAUAGAUUUAUAGACAUACUGUAUAUAUAUACACACGAUAGGAAAGCUGAUAAUCUGAUGAUCAGUCGCCAGAUUAUCAGUCAAUAACAGGACUCGUCAAAGCAACAAGUGCUAGCCAAUCAAAGCACAGUAGGGGGGGACUAAGUGGAAAAUAAAGCGACUCACAUCCCCCAAAAAAACUAGAUCUAUCCCUGAGUGUAAUGUCAUGCUUCUCUGCCUUUCUACAAUUUCUACUGCUGCUAGAUCUGCCUUCGAAUACUGUAUAUAGGCUCCACCAUUCCUUCAUUCAACAUGAGUACCAUUCGUUUUGGUUGUUGUGCAUUUGUGAUUCUCUGCUGAAUGUAUAUGAUCAUGAUGGAUUUAUUUGGGGGUGGGGGGGGGGAUUCUUUUGCACUCAAUAUUGAGUUUGGGUGAGAAUGAAUAGCUUGAUUUUAAAACUGAGCUGUAUUAUUGACUGCUGUUAAUAAAGUACAUUAUAAAGAG